UUGUCCUCUCUCUCAACAGGUCACGUGACGGUGAGUGCACUUACAGACUUACACGUCUGUGGCACACCUGCAGAACAGCUGGAAAGUGACGCAGUGUUCCCCAAGAAUAAAAUUUGAUUGGAUGAUGAACAUGAUAAACCUCACUUCAAAGUCGGAAAUGACGUCAGUCACAAUGGCUUCCCCUGCUUGAGACGAGCGUCUCUGGGGUUCGAUUCGGUCGACGGCACUUAUGCUACACAUCCCUUGGCAAGGAUGAAGUGAAAACAUUUCACGUCCUUCGAGCAGGAGACACGACGUAGCAGCUGUAUAUCUCCUUCCUCUCCUGUCACGUCAGCUCGCUGUGCUGAGCGUGGUUCAAGCUGAAGCAAAUAACCAAAAAGACAACAAACAAGAGACAGAACUGUGUGCUUCCAUCGACUACGCGGCGCUACGUGUCCACGCCAUCAAAUGAAUGAGACAACAGAUGUUCCUCCCUACACGAGCGACAUACCGGAAGUGGAACGUUACAUCGAAGGAACACUACUGACAUUAAUUGCGUCAGUGGCGAUUCUUGGUAAUGCCUCGGUCUGGCUGGUGGUUUUGUCAACAAAAGCUUUGCGAACUGACUCCAAUUUUCUGUUGCUCAGUCUGUCGUUGGCCGAUCUCCUGGUGUCGGUCGUCAGCAUGCCGCUGACUGCUGUCACCAUUUUCAUGUCCAGAUGGAUCUUCUCCAGCGUGACGUGCAAGGCCGUGGGUUUCAUCAACAUGCUGACAUUAGUGGCCAGCGUGAUGUCACUGGGCCUCAUCAGCAUCAACAGAUACAUCAAGAUCUGUCAUCCCAACUUCUACAAGGGCAGUUACUCAGCCCGAAACAUUCUUUUAAUGACUGCCGGUGUCUGGACCUUGUCUGCAAUACUUGCAUCGCCACCUUUGGUUGGCUGGGGUGUGUACGACUACCUGCCAAGACAGUCCUUCUGCUUCUGUCUGUGGACCACGUCCAAGUCCUACACAUUCUUCAUGGUCGGAGCUUGUUUUUUCGGGCCUUUGACGAUGAUGAGCGCCUGCUACUUCAAAAUUAUUCGCACUUUCAGGCAGAGCAGCAGACGAAUAAGAACACAACAGCCGCCAUCGUACAAUCAAAGUCCAAACGUGGAAGGAACGAAUCAGGAGGGAGGGCAAGUUAAAACAAAAUGGACUAGUAAGACUGGACUCGGGAAGAAAAUGUUUGGUGGUGACGACUGUGCUGACGCUGAUACAAAGAAGAGAAGGGUGAGGGUGUCAGAUCAAAUGAGUAACAAUCAUCAGACGAGGCAAGCAGACAGGUUGCCUGGAAAAAAUCAUGUCAAACAAACAGUCGUCAAGAUCAUAGUUUGCCCGGAGGACGAAGGAGCCAGAGAUGUGGAUACAUUUUCAGAGCUAGGAAACAGCAGCCUAGACUCCAAGAAAUCGCUCAACGGACAGUUAUCUAUCUCUAACGACAAAAUGGCGCAGACGCAAAGAUCAGAUGAUGGAUUGACGAUUAUUUCGAGUUCAGAUGCCGAGCCCAAGACUUUGACAGUUCCUCAGCCAUUGCCGAUCUCAUCGCCGCGAUCUUCCACGUCCUCGCUAGCGGAGCUCUCGUCCAACCUCGCCAGCGAGCUCACGUCGACCUUGGACGUAAAGGCCAUCAUGAAGGACGGGUCAAAGGUCGAAGGUGGCUUUCUAAGAAGGAGCAAGGAUUCUCGGCACACGCGAGGUCCCAGAGGAAAACGAGAGAAGCAAUAUCGCGAGGAGUUCCAGCUGACCAUGUCACUGAUGAUCGUUAUUUUCGCGUUUGUGAUUUGCUGGCUUCCCUUUUGCAUCACCAUGUUCCUGUCAGUGUUUGCUCCAGAAACUCUUGGACGUCCAGAGGACAUGUUCACACUGAUGCUGGGCUACAGCAACAGCUGCUUAAAUCCUAUUCUCUACGGAUUUCUCAACAAAAACAUCAAGGAAGGCUAUCGGCGUUUGCUUGAGAGAGUGUUAUCCCCUUGUUUGUGUCUGUAUGCGUACGUGAAAAUGAGUCAAAGAAAGUUGUAAUAAGGGACAAGAUCGAAAGUGAAAUGUAAAGAAGUAAAGGUAUGAAUGGAAAAUUAUUUUAGAUGACUAGAAAAGCGAUUGUACUCAGAGGACAACUUUUGGUGUCGUAAUGUUUACAGUUUGAUGUUCAUAAACAAGCCUUUUCUGAAUUCACAACAUCUAAACUGUGAACACCUAUUUUCAAUGUCAUCGUCUCCAUUUUCUUUAUAAUUCUCCUGGACAUUGUCAUCAUCGUCCCAUCAACAGCAACUACAGUAACAUGUUUUUUUCUGAGAUGUAUUUGAGGCAAAUCACCGUGACUGAUUUUGUUGUCUUAGGUCUUCGGAUGAUUGAGUAUGUAAAGAUGUCGAAUACAGUGGAACCUCGGUUAGCGAACGCCUCGGAUAGCGAAUAUUUCGGUUAACGAACAAAAAUUUCGUU